AUGCGGCUUCGAAUGCUGCUCCAGUAUUUAUUUAAAUGCGCUUUAGAUGUAAAACGAUUCGUGUCUUAGUUGAUACAGAGACGCCUUUCUUGGAGUUAUGAUCAUGUUUGAAUAUUGUUUUAAUAUUACAGAUUGUCAACGCAAGCUUGCUGUGGUUGCUUUCUGAACGGUCUAAGAUGACAACAGUUUUGGAGUCAACUAAUCUGUCACCUUGACCAAUACAUUGAAGGAAUGUCUUUGAUCUGAAGCCCACUGCUCAAGACAAUUCAAUCACCAUCUCAAUUUCCUAGACAAGACAGUUAAGCAAAUUCACAAGAUAACUCAACAUUAACCGCCACUCCAUUUAUUCAAGACAUAAAUAUUCCCAGCCUUCAACCUGACACUUUCUGUAAAAAACAAAGACUUGACCCCGCCCUGUCCCCUUAACCCAGGUCCCAUCAGACCUGCAGCUCUGCCAUGCUGGGCUGUCUCCUGCGGAGGAGCAUGUCUCACAGGCUCAGUGUGUUUCUGGUGCUCUUUGGCUUGGUCUGGUGUCUCCUGCUACUUCACUACACUGUCACACAACCACGGCGCCAGAGCAGUGCAGAGCUCCGUCAACAGAUCCUUGAGCUCAGCCAUCGCUAUGUCAAAGUCCUUAGUGAGGAAAACCAGAACCCCUCGGGACCCCAUGGCACCUCAAUGGCAGGAUAUGCUGACCUGAAGAGGACAAUUGCUGUGCUGUUAGAUGACAUUCUCAACCGAUUGGUAAAGCUGGAGGGAAAAGUGGAAGCUGCUGUGAAUGCCUCCACGCACAACAUCUCCCAUCCAGCUGGUGGCACUGGAAUUCUCCUGGCUGCUGUUUCCAGACCGACCAAACAAAAUCUGCCUGCCCACAGGCCAGAAAGGCGUAGUAGUAACCCUCUGCACUUCCUACCACAAUCACCUGGCAGACCACAGAAACCGCACUCAUUAAAUUAACAAUAAUCACAUCAACCGUGGCCAAGGACGUUAUUACUGCAAAGACUGUACAGAGAAAAUAUAUAAAUAAAUAUAUUUUUAGACUAAAGCAGCUUUUAGACAUUUUUUUUUCAGUUGUGCACUUGAACUCCAGCUUGAUUAUUUUGUCUUUUAUUGAUGGAUCACAAAUGUAUUUUAUAACUUAAGUGCAAUAUGGAACAUAAGACCCGAGAGAGCGAAAGGAUGAGCUUUUUUAUGGAAGACUGUUUUUUGAUAUACGAAUGAGUGUUUCAUAAUGUAUCUGCUAAAGACUCCAUGCACACAGCGUUAUCUCUGCAGCUAGCUAAUGGUGUGUCUUGUGCGCUUGGACGGAUUCCAGAGAAAAGGUUUACACCUGAGUCGUGACACCUUUUCAUUGUUAAGAUUAAUUGAAAACAGAUUUCUGUGGGGAAAAGGCUGAUCCAAAGAUUAAUCUCAGUGAAUGGUUGAUGUCUGUAUUGCAGGUUGAUUUGAUUAGGGAUGGGGAUUUAUCUCAGUUAAACUGAACAUGGCAUUAAACCUUCAGAAGGAAUUGUACCCCAAGACAACACUACUCAAUCCAUACAAUAAAAGAUAUAUCAGAC